CAAGUAUGCACCAACAAAGCAAACCCACCAUGACUAGUACUUCAUCUAAAAACCCUAUGCACAACAAUGAAGAGAAACCCUCUUCAUCUUCACCAACAUUGAAGCUAUUCGGUUUCUCAUUAACACCAUCUAACACCCUUUCUUGUAACAACAAAAGAUUUAGAUGUUAUUUCUGUCGCCGCGAAUUUGCCAAUUCUCAAGCUUUAGGAGGCCAUCAAAACGCGCACAAAAGAGAACGACAAAGAGCACACUUUCUUUCCAUUCUUCCUCAUCAUCAACGCUUUGUAGCAUCUUCAUCUUAUCAUCCCAUGAUAGAACAACAUAGAGCACCAAGAGCAAUGUUUUUUCAUCCCCGCGGAUCACCGGGCGCAAUAUGGGAGAGACAACCUUAUGAAGAAGGGCCUAAUGAGAUCCAUUUUGAUGCAGGUACAUCCAGAAAUAAUGGACAAGUACACAAUAAUAUUAUUGAUGGUGAUGUUGAUCUUAACUUGAGUCUAGCUUGUGUACCUAUCAAUUCCAAGGACAAAGAGUUUGGAAGGGAGUGAACUUGAAUUUAGACACAAAAACUCAUCACAUGUCCUUUUCAUGCACUUUAAUUUUUCUCUCUUAUCCUUUUCUGUACUUGCACUACUCUAGCUUGCUAUGAAAUGCAAUUGCUAGCUAUUAUUUGACUUGGCCUGAAG